AUGGGCGCCACUGGCCAGGAGCCAGAGGUGGCGCAGGAACGGCCGCAGGCAGCAGCCACCCUAACGAACCGGUGCAGUUGCGGCGGAGCCACUGCUGAGGCAGUAGAGGCCUUGCGGCGUGCAGCAGCCGCCGCAGCGGCAGCAGCAGCAGAUCGCGAGUGCGCAACGAGUGCAGCAGCCGAGCCAGCAGGGCCACCGCAACAGCGGCAGCAACUGCAGCGGGAGCGGCUGACGCAUCAGCCACAGCUGGUGCAUCAGCAACGGCUGCAACAAACACAGCAGCAGAGACCGCAGUCUCAGCAACAGCAGCGGAUGCCGAGCAAGCGAACGCUGCGACGGCGGUGGCUGAGACAACAGCAGCAACAGCAGCAUCAGCCGCAACAGCGGCCACAAGAGCAGCAACUCCAACAACAGCAGUGGCAACAAAAGCAGCUACCGCAGCCCCAAGAGCGGCAGCAACAGCUGUACCAGGAACAGCAGUGGCGUCUGAAGGAACAUGACCGCCCACCGUUCCCCUCGUGGUCCCAGCGACAGCAACAAUCGGAACCACAGCCACAGACGCAACAACAGCGACAGUCGCUGCAGCGGGAACAGCAGCAUCACCAACAGCGGCAGCAACAGCAGCCGCGGCAGCCGCAAUAUGAGCAGCAGCAGCAGCAGCAGAAUUACUCCCAACAGUGGCAGCGGGAGCAGCCACGGCUACAGCAGCAACAGCAGCAACAAUCGCUGCGGGGAGAUCGGAAGCAUCAUGGCAUGCAGCGAGCGCGCAUCCGCGCCCCCAUGAAGCUGGUCCGGCAGCUCGUGGGAGAAAAGCUGCACGUAGGGUGCACGGUAUGUGACAUCCGGGAGUAUGUCACACCGGCCAUCUACAAGGGCCGUUGCUUCCGAUGCACAGAGGAGGGCCACUUCGCCCGCGAUUGCAAAGGUGUUGAUCGCGCGCAGUGCUGCCUACACUGUGGUUCACGCGAGCACCGAGCGGCAGCAUGCACGGCCCAGCCGUCCCCAAACUCGGCCGAUACACGCGCUGGACGUGCAAUCCAGCACGGACAGCGGGCGGCAACCGCCGCAAGGCGCGAGGAGGCCACUCCACCGGGAGUCGGCCACAUAGAGCAGCUUCGGCUUGAGAAAUAG